UGCAUGGAACGAGAUAGCGCGAAACACAAGACAGGAUCCAAGUUUACUUCCGUCAUUGCGCAGAUUUUACUUUCGUUUCAAUAUAUUUCCGUGUUUCCAGGAGAGGAUUUAUGGUCACUUCUACGCAAAGCGUAUGUUAUUGAGCUCCAGAUAGGCUGAAACCAGGGAUACAGACGCAAAGAUGUCCAAGCCAACCAUGCCAGAGAAUGUAGAGACUGAUGCCUCUGCUGAGAUGCCAGGAGCCUGUGGAGGAACCAGCAGCAGCAGCAGCAGCAGCGGCAACACCAACGCAUACAUCAACUACACAGGUCCUGAUGGCACCAAGUUCAAUGUCCGAACAACAGGCAAGGCCCCCAACCUGCAGAUUGGCUACAACAACGUCAUGCAUGUCACAGAGAACUCCCUUCUCAAUCCAAAAAGACCCAGGUUGCGACCGAUGAUAGAGCCAAAACUACCUUUAGUCAAAUCAUCAGAGGUCCCUGGCCCCGGUGCAAUGGAAGUUAUUGCAUGUAAUAUCGGAAAGGAUUGGAAAUAUCUAGGACGAGCACUAGGACUGACAGACGGAGAGCUGGACAAUAUUCGAAUUGACUACUAUCCUGAGGGUCAGUACGAGAUCUGCUACCAGACGGUCCGCAAGUGGAAGGAACAAGCAUUUCCAACAGAGCUUCGCCGACUUGCAAAAUGCUGUGCCAAAAUUGGCCGUGGUGAUGUCGCUGACAAGCUCGCAAAAAUGAAGCAGGAGGGAAACUCCUGAGAAAAAUUGUUCUUGAAAUACUGACGUGCUUUUUCUGAACAUUUUUUGUCCAAGGCAGAUGUUCAUCUGUGAUAUUUUAAGCCACCCAAUUUCAUUACAUCAGAUCUUCAUGCUUGCUACCACUGCACAUAGAUCUGGGGACAUCCCAUUACAGGUCACAUCAGAACCACCUUCACAAAUCUUUGAUCGACCAAUGAAAUGACAAACAGGAAGUCAACAUAAGCCAAUCAAGAGGCAUUUUUCUCAUGUUUUACUGCAAUAGUUUCAAAAUGGCAACUUCCAUUCCAGACUAAACUUUGAUAACUGAACCAAAAACAAUUAUGGGAUGUCUAAAAGAUGGCUGAGGUCCUGUGACUGUGACCUUGGCCUCUGUGUAGCAGCUGUGAGCACUAAGAUCUGGUGUUAAAGGAAUUGUAUGCCACCUUUUGUGGAGUCAACUAACUCAAAGUUGGGUUUUGAUGAUUUGAUAAACUCUCUAAAUCCCAGGACUGGCAAUCAUGGUUAUUGAAAAUAACAAACUUUGAGUUUGACAAGUAUAUUUGGAGGGUUUCUUGGCCUUUGUUAUUUUCAGUGUUCACCGCACACAGAAUAUUAUAUAUUUUACCUUGUACUGACUCAUUCUGAUUGCUUAUCUCAUCUCAUUCCGAAAAGGUAGUUGAAACUUCUGUGCUGUGUUCCCACGGACAGAGAAAAAUAAAAAUAUCUCACCCAAACGCAACCCUCAGCCUCAGUCCCAACCUCCACAAAGUCCACAUCGUUGGCCCCAGAGGAUUCUACAAAGAUGUCCACCAAGGAGGCCACGAAGUCGACUUCGAAGUCACAGAAGCAAGCUCCCUGUUCGCAGCCGUCAACCUCCAUGCGGCCUCCAUCACUCGUUAACUUUUCACAGGUUUCAGGCAUACAGACCUGCACCCAGGACCAGGCCUUCACCCAGCCUCAGACCUUCACUCAACCCCUGCCAUUCACGCAGGCUGCAGUGUUUACACAGGCACAGCCUCCUACGUUCCCAGCUUUAAUCGCCAAGGUACCAUGCCUCCCCUCAUCCAACGAUUUCGUAGCUAGUUUUACUGAGCAAAUGAUACUUGCCGUGCAGCAACAACACACUCUCACUCUCAACAAACCACCUACACCGUCUAAUUAUUCCAACCAGAUUCAAUAAUCAAAUAAAGGCCUUCAUCGCCCCAGUUCCAGACCUUCAAACCUUGGGCCAACGAUGCACUGGCCAUGUUGUGGGAAGGACUUCAUGUUUAUGUGUUUCCCCCACCAGCACUGUUACCAUCAGUCCUACAGAAGGUCAGACAUACAAAGUGCCUUCUACUGAUUUUGGUCGCAUCUUACUGGCCAGCAAGAGUCCAGAACUAAAACUUCAUCAAACCGACUUCAUCCUCACUCUAGCAGGUUCAUCCAAGCUUUACGUUUGAGCAUAUCACAAACAACCUCACCAGGCAAGAAUACUUAAUCAGAGCUGCUGCAGCUGUCUCCCUAGCUCUUUGUAGAUCUACUAGAAAGCUAUAUGAUGACAAAUGGAAGAGCUUCGACCAAUUUGCAAGAAGUAAAGGAUUCUCAGGAGUUGAAGCCACUUCACCUCAAGUUGCAGAACCCAAAAUCUCAAGGGUUCAACGCUGGGCGUAUCAGCUCUGUUCUUACCAUGUAUAACGGUAUCAAAAUGACUAAAGUCCAUCAACUGAUCACUCUACUCCAUUCUUACAGACUAGAGGAUCAACUGAAGAACUGCCAGAAUGUCAGGUAUCCUUGCCAUAGAUUUCAGCAGCACUCGAUUCAACAAUGGCAACAACACAUCAGCCCAUCUUGGUCUCCGAUAGGAUUUUAUCACCAAGAAUCAACUGCCAGGUCAGCCAGGCAGACAGUUUCACAUUCUUCCAUUUAUCAUCUAUACGUAGAUUAGGCCGGUUAGGGUAACGGAAAAGAGAGUGACGAGUGUAUUGGCUUGGUCACAUGCUUCUGGUGUGGAUUCGGGGAUGAGGAGUGCGUUUGGGUGAGAUGUUUUUCUCUGUUCUGGGGAAGACAACACAGGAGUUUCCACUACCUUCUCUGAAUCAGAUGAAAUAAGCAAUGAGUACGAGUCAGGAUAAGUAUAAAAGAUAUAUAUAUUUACCCUAAAAAAUACAUAUUUCUAAAAUGAUACUGUGUAUCAUCAAUUGUUUUAUGUGAAAUGCCACAUUCAAAUAGAUAAUCACACUUCCUUAGAGAAAGUCCAUUGAAAGAAAUGAUUUAAUUGGAUGAUGAUAGUUAUUCUUAUUUGGAAGCAUGUUUGUGGUCUGACCUUAAAGUAACAUCACAGAAAGAAGAUUGGGUAUGUACUGAAAGAAUUUUCUAUAAUGCUGUUCAGAUAUGUAUAUGUAUUUCCCCUCGUCUCUCGAAUCUUAAAGUUAAUAUAAGUUUUAACAUGUGUUUCGUUUAACAUCCAUCUUCCCGUGGCAAAGGGCGUUAACUGCCUAUAAAAGUUGAACUAGGCUGUUAUUCAUUUUGUGAAGGAGAUUGUAGUGUAGAAAUGGAACCCAUCAACCUGUGCUUACGGUGGGUGACAACCAAGUGGGUUAGGUGGUCUCAUUCACUGACUUGGUUGAUUCAGUGUCAUUGCAUCCUGACCACUUUGGAAAUUGCUCAUAAUACCAGUCACUAGUUUGUCUGGUCAAGACAUGGAUGAUUUCCUAGAGAUGGAAGUAUGCUUACUGUGGCACUAAACAACACUCACUUGCUCAUGUCAGAGUCAGAGUUUUUUACAUGGGAUCGGAGUAAUGCCCCUUGGCCAUGCCAGGAUUCACUGGUUGUUGGUUCCGUUCCAAGAUUACAUCAGCGUCACAGGGACUGUGAUUCUCAUAAGAACUUUGUAUCACAGCGACUAAGGGGAUCAGGUGGUCAGGCUCUCUGACUUGGUUGAUGCAUAUCAUCGAUCCCAAUUGCAUGGAUCGAUGCUUAUGAUAUCAAUCACUGGACUGUCUGGUCCAGAUUCGAUUAUUUACAGACCGCUGUCAUAUAGCUGGAAUAUUUCUAAGUGUGGCAUUAAAAAACAAACAAACAAACAAACAAGCAAACAAACAAACAUUUUCAAAGUGGCGGUAAACCUUGAGCUUCAGGAGUGCAGUAUACAUGUACCACACAAACAUGUAUUAAUUUGUUCGUUGUUUAACGCUGAAGUAUUUCAGUUAUAUGGCAGUGGUCUGUACAAUUAAGUCUGGACCAGACUGUCAGUGAUUGAUAUCAUGCACGCCAAUUCACAUAAUUGGGAUAUAAUGACAUGCAUUCAACCAAGUCACCGAACCUGACCCCCAAUCCAUUCAGUCACAUCUUAUGACAACCUGGUACCUGGUACCUAUAUCAUUGUAUAUCCUUACCCGGGGUUCCCCCUAGUUAAACAUGUAUUAGAAACAGACUAUGGUAAUUAAGUAUUUGGCUCAAUGUAGACUCGAAGCAGUCCCUGUUUGUUUGCUUUUUGAAGUUAUUUGAGCCAUUAUUUACAUGUUAUUAUAAUAUAUUGGAAAUUGCUGCAGUCUAGGCACAAUGUUGAUCAUCAGCUUCUGGAGUAGAUGUGUUGUGUUGUUUCAUUGUUCCAUUAGUGACAAUAUGGUUAUAGCGUGUCAUCAUACCCGACGGCGUUGUUAUUGCUCUCUGUAUCAAUCACUGGAAUUGUCUGGUCCAGACUCGUUUAUUUCCAGGCCUCCAUCAUACAUAUUGCUGAGUGAGACAUUGCACCAUGCACAGAGAAAACUAACAAACAAUAUUUCAUUUUAAAUAUCAUUGUGGCACUGGGUUGCUCUGAUUUCCAUUGAUAACAUAAUGUGUAUUUAGUGUACGUAAAGGAUAAAACAUGCUCCCGUGCAUUUGGUUGAAAAUGUAAAGAUGAGAGAAUGGAACAAACUCAUGGGCAGGGAGUUUGUCCCGACCCUAGUUCUUUAUAUUUUUAACCAACCCAAAGAAAAUCUGAAACAACAUUAAUGAGCAACGUUGUUUCCAACCCACUUUCCAUGAACCUUAGGAAACGACUGUUCAAUAUCUAUUGCUGGCUUACUUUAAAAUGAGAUUCUUAAAAGCAUUGUGGUUUAUCAGUGGCCAUGCAGCCGAGUGGUUGACGCCGUAGGCUACAAAUACGAAGGAAGCAAUUUCAAUCCCACUGAAAUAUAAGUAACAUUUGUUACAAGUAACAUCAUUAUGUCAUUUAAUUUUACAUCUUUCCUGUGAAUUUAAUAAUCAGCCAAUCAGCAUCGAGACUUCUAAGUUUGGUAUGAGCAUGAGGAGCUUAUCAGAUUUCUGUAUCUUGAAAUUAACCUUUGACCGGCAGUUCCGAAUUGAAAUAAUAAAGGCUGCACUAUUACAUUGUUGUAGAUGUUCCAUGUAGAUAUAUUUGUGUUCUAUUUUGUUUUCUAUUUGUUAAGAUUAAGAUGUCUGAAUUGAGGUGGUAAAGAAAUUAAACAGAAUCAUUUUAAAAUGUAACAUCUGAUUGGCUCAAAAACCCAAGCAUCCUUCAUUUGGAUUCUGAGGUCAAAGUUGGCUCAGAGUUCACCUGACAUGACCUCCUGUGGAUAGUUUGUUGCAUCUUCACACAGUGAGGCUUCUUGAUGGUGCACAAGAUCUGCUUUAAACUAUGUUGGUAGGAAAGCCUUCAUGAAGCAUGGUUGUGUUGCAUGCAAUGCCAUAAAUAUACUACUCAACUAUUCAUACAGAUAUUUUUUUAUCAUCCAAAACUUGCUUCCACAGGAGAUAUUGUUUGGAUGAGAUCAAGCAAUAUCUACACUGUAGAUAUCG